UUGGCCGACAGUUGCCGUAUGGACCGCAAGUUGGGAAAAUGUCGACGCGGAAAAAGAGGGCAUCCAUCGCUGGCAGUAAGGAGGAAAAUUCCCCAAUAGGUAAUUGCUGGCUGCUAGUACUCCUUCUGGCCAACUUGGUUAACUUGGCCGAAGCUCUGAAGGCCGGGGAAUCCAUCCAGUUGGCAACGGGCAGCCCGUCACUGGGCAUAAACAAUGCGGACAGCAGCCUGGAGCAGCUCAUCGAGAUGCGGCUGAAUGAGUCGGCCAACCCAUCCGUCCAGAGCAGCCAGUCGCAGGAGCUGUUGUCCCGGAAACGACGCUAUUUGGUAUUUCCGGAGGGGAGCUCCUUUCAGAUGGUGUACGAUGAAAUUGUGGGAGUGGUGGACCAUACGAACUACUUGAUUCUGGGCAUUACGGUGGCUCUGGCCUGGGAGCUGCCCAGCAAGCCGCCCAGCGAGGAACUCGACGAUCUGCUGACCAAGUUGGAGGACGGAACCAUAGACAUCAGUCGCAAUGACACCGUGUCGAAUAUAACCUAUGUGGAUGAUGCCUCAUCCUCAUCCACCACUGCCAAGCCCCCGGACUACAAGCCAAACUACAUCAACUUGUCGAGUUACGGCGGCGGCUCUUCGAGUGGCAGCAACUCCUACUACAGCUCCUCCCCGACUGUCUUCCGCACUCCGAUGCAUCCGUCGCAUCAAUAUGCCGACAGCUAUUACUCCCGUUACAAGGGGGGCAGGCGCAAGGACAACCACUACUACUACAGCCGCCCGGGGGGCAGUUCCAGCAAUCCGUUCGCCAAGUGGGCGCGGCCCUACACUCCUGCCCAGAACUCACGCUAUCCCUAUUGGGCACUCAACUCAAGACUCAAAGACCGCUACUACGGAUACAAAAGUCAGCAGGCGGCACCACCGACGGCGCAAAGAAGACAGGACAGCAGCAGCACCACCACAACCACCACCAGUCGACCCACUCGGAGGCCGGCACCUCGUCACCAUCACAUAUAUCCGGUGUUUGGCAAGCGCAGCAUUCCGGAUGCAGCCAAUCCGCAUCAACGUCAGCGACGCAGUGGAGUGGCCACCGAGCACGAGGACAGAAUGAGUCGCCUGGAGCAGCUCCAGAUAAAGCACCAUCGCAGGAGCCGACAGUCGUUGUAUGAACGAGUGGAGAAGUAUCUGGACAAGCGCGGUCACCAUGGCCACCACUGCGUGCUGCGCACCCUCUGCGAAACGGGCCAGAAAUCGGAGGAGCAGGAGCCCGGCACCUUCGUGGGCGAACUGAUGCGUGCGGUAUUCACCAUUCCGGAAGCCAUGGACAACGAGCCGGUUGCCUAUCGCGACACCCACUACGACAAGGCCCACGCCUCCAAGCAGGACUGUGCCGCCCUUUAUCCGGGCUGCAAGCAGUCCAUGUGGGAGGCCCAGUUCAUACAAUAAACACC